UGGCCUUGAGGUGGGGGCUCUGGCCGGGUCUUGUCUGCACGUUGCAGGGAAUGCUUUGGGAUUGUCUCGCCCUAAACCUUGAGGAUGGGGCAAGAUGGAAACAGUCGGGGUGCGGGGCUGUUUUCUUGACAGCCGCCUUGGACAGGCUGGCUUUGCAGAGGCGGUCACGUGAUUUAAAAGGCGGCUCAGCACAGGCCUGCACGCGCCAAUCAGGAGGGCGCAGAUGCCUGCCAGACUGGUGGGCGUGGCAGAUGCGCGAUUCCUCCUUUGAGGAACCUCCUGAUUUAGACAGACAGCCCUGCUUCCCCCCCCCCCGCCCCCAAGGGAGACCCAAAGCAACUUCCAGCAUCGUCGUCCCGGCCUCUCUUUUAUCCUCACACCCUAGGUUAAGUGGAGAGAUGGUGACUAGCCUAAGGUGGUGCAGGAGGGAUUCGAACCCGGGUCUUCCAGAUCCUAGUUUGACAGGAGGACAGUGAGAGGAAAAACAGAUUUAAAAUGCUGUCUGUUGACAGUAGAGAAGAGCAAGAGUCCAGUAGCACCUAUAAGACUACCACCAUUUGUGGUAUGAGCUUUCGUGAGUCACAGCUGUUAGAGGUGCUACUGGACUCUUGCUCUUCUCUACUGUCAACAGACAGACGAACACAACGGCCCGCCUUGAUCUGUCCUUCGGCAGGUAGAGUCCAGCACAACGUAAGCCAGGACUGAGUAUGUCUCUCGCUUUUUGCGGGAUCUUUUGCAUUGGUAAUAUUGCUGACCUCCCCCAGGCCUUGGGGGGCGAGUCGGGCUGCAAAUAACUUCUGCUGGAAGUUCAGCUUGUCUUCUUGUGUUACAGAGGGAGGGGCUCUGCAUUCAGAAGGCAAAGGGGUGUAGUGAGGGCAGCAGCUCUACCUGCUGGAUUUCCACUGUCAUGCCGCCGUUCCUUUGCCAAGGGUGGCAGCGCCACAUUCUGCUGGGGCAGUUGCAGGUGGCUUGAAAUGGAAGACCCCGGCUCUGGGGAUUCCGUGGCAGUUGGGGGCUCAGAGGGAGGCCUCGGCAAGGCGUCCAGCCCCAGGUGAAGCUCUGUGUACCAGGCACAAGGGCGGCAUUGGCUGCCCCGGGUGGAGAGCUGGGAUCCAUCAAGGGUGCCUCGAGUCUCCCCUGCGUACCUGGGCCCCCUGGUGCUGUGGUGCCGGCCCAUGUCUGCGUCUGGACUGCCAGGGCUGCCCUCCUUUUCCCUGGCAGGGCUCCUGAGCCUAUGGCCGCUACAUGACAGGGAGAAACUGCGCCUUCUCCUGCCGGGCUGCCCUUCAGAAUACUCUGGGGCUGCUGCCUUCGUGGCAGGUGGGAAUAGCUCCACUCCCUGCAGUUCUGCCUGCUUCCUCGGCACCGUGGACAGGAAUUGAAGCAGACAGGCAGAAAUGGUGGAGCUUUCUAUUGUCACGUAAAGGGGGCUUGUCUCUUGAUCCUGCUCUAGAACUCAGGCCUUAAGGGGAAGGGCCUUGGAGCAGCCGAGCUGAGGGAAGGGGCGAAAUACCAGGUGGCUCCGACUUAGAGCUCGGGGGGGGCAGCCACAUUCUCCCCCAAGGCAGCUCCCCCUGUGCCUAGUCAUCACCACCCUAGCCGUGGACUCCACUCUCAGACCCUGCAGGGGCUCAGGUGGGGGUCGGCCAGAGCAUCCUUUCCCUUUCCAGGUGUCAAAAUAAAGCCGGAGUCCACCUGAAAGGCACCAGGAGUUUUUGUGAGUCAGAUCACUUGAUCAGAUGCACAAAGUGCACCUGUAAGGCAAAUAUGUGUAUACUCUAAGCGGUGGUGGUGGAGACCCCUCUUGGAUUUUGCUGCUCCAGAUUAACUCAACUGCACCCCUCAAAUUUUAUCAUCAUCAUCGUUAUCGUUUUAUUUAUGUCAUUUGUAGUCCGCCUUUCUCACUGAGACUCAAGGUGGAUUACUUAGUGUGAGAUUAGCACAGUCACUAUCAAGAACAUUUCAGUAAACAACGCCUAAGGGUAUACAAAUGCAAGUUUACAAAGACACAACAUCAGAUGCAAAAUAGUGAAGAGUCCAGUAGCACCUUCAAGACUAACCAACUUAUUUGUAGCAUAAGCUUUCGAGAACCACAGCUCUCUUCAUCAGAUGCUAGAUCUAUAACAUCAGAUGUCAUCACAAUCAGAUAUUUGGUUGGGAAUUUUUUAGUCCCUCGUUGACUCUGUUUUUAUCCAAGAAUCUAGGAGUCAAUGAACUCUCGCUUUAGUACGUGGCAAGUUCCAAGUAGUGUGGCUGUUGGCAACUGUCCAGUUAUUACCCUGCCUAUGCCAAUAUGACCUAGAUGUUUAGUUAGUCCUUUAUGAAUUGCACCUAGCGCUCCCAUCACCGCUGGAAUAACAGCUGUAUGUUUCUCCCAGAGAUGGUGAACUUCAAAUCUUAGAUCUUGAUGUUUUGUUCUCUUUUUGAUCUCUUUUUCCUCAAUUUGAUUGUCACCUGGGAUUGCCUCCUCCCCCUUGUCGAACCACUCUACGGUGGUCUGUGGCAGGGCAGUUCAAGAUACUUCCGCCCCUGUGGUCCGUUGCUGGCUAAAGUCAAACUGCCUGCCACAGGGGCUUGGCCUGGACAUAGCCGGGGUGUGUGUGUGGCCUGUAUCAAGGAAGGGAUGCAGUAACCUCCCAGGCUGCUGGUGGCUGGGAGAGAGCCAGGCCUUGGUGGGGCUUCAGGGGGAGCUUAGCUGGAGAGCCCAGCAGUGUGUCUCCCUUGCGCAAGCUCCAUGCAUGGUGCUGGUGAUGCUUUCUGGGGCAGUCUGUGCCAGAAGUGACAGGAUUGGGGUGAGCAUGGCCCUCUCUGGCUUCCCAGACCUUUUGUGCUUGGUGUGGCUCCCAUCUCAGCUUUCUGCCCAUUUUCAGAGACCCUCCAAGAUGGCGGAAGCCCACCAGGCCGUUGCCUUCCAAUUCACAGUCACCCCCGAGGGUGUGGAUUUCCGGCUGAGCCGCGAGGCCCUUAAGCAGAUCUACUUGUCAGGCAUCUCCUCCUGGAAGAAGCGCUUUAUCCGCCUCAAGAACAGCAUCUUGACAGGGGUGUAUCCCGGAACCCCUUCGGGCUGGCUGGCGGUUUUCAUAGCCACACUGGGUUCCUUGUACCUCCGCAAGGAUGUGUCCCUGGGGCUGAUCUUCUGCAUCCGAGAACGCCUGCCCACGGGUGGCUGUUGGAGCCUGCGCAACCGCACCCUGCUGAGCACCAUCUUGUUCUCCUCCGGCGUCUGGAUCUCGGGCGUCCUGCUCUGCCGGAAGACGCUCAAACUGCUGCUCUCCUACCAUGGCUGGAUGUUUGAGCCUCACGGCAGGACCAGCAGCACCACCAAGAUUUGGGCGGCCACGGUGAAAGUGCUGUCUGGGCGCCAGCCCAUGCUGUACAGCCUCCAGGCCUCCCUGCCCAAACUGCCUGUGCCCAAAGUGGAGGACACCAUCCAGAGGUAUCUGGAAUCUGUUCACCACCUGCUGGAUGCCGAGAGGUACAGCCAAAUGGAGACCUUGGCCAGGGAUUUCCAGAAGCAGGAGGCCCCUCGGCUCCAGAAGUACCUCAUCCUCAAGUCCUGGUGGGCCUCCAACUACGUGAGUGACUGGUGGGAGGAAUACAUCUACCUCCGGGGAAGAGGCCCCAUCAUGGUGAACAGCAACUACUACGUCAUGGAUUUCCUGUAUGCAACACCCACUCCGCUCCAGGCUGCUCGGGCGGGCAACGCUGUGCACUCCCUCCUGCUAUACCGACGCAAACUGGACCGUGAGGAGCUGGCCCCUGUGAUGGCGCUUGGCGUGGUGCCCAUGUGCUCCUACCAGAUGGAGAGGAUCUUCAACACAACUCGCAUUCCUGGCAAGGAGGCAGAUUCACUUCUGCACCUGUUGGACAGCAGGCACCUGGCCGUCUACCACAAAGGCCGCUUCUACAAGGUGUGGCUGUACCAGGCGGGGAAGCUGCUGGGCCCUCGAGACCUGGAGCUGCAGUUCCAGCGCAUCCUGGAUGACCCGUCCCUGCCUCAGCCUGGAGAGAAGGAGCUGGCGGCCCUCACAGCUGGGGACAGACCUCCAUGGGCCGAAGCGCGAGCCAAGUACUUCGGCCAAGGAAAGAACCGGGUGGCGCUGGACUGCAUUGAACGAGCAGCCUUCUUCUUGACGCUGGACGAAGAGGCCUGUGGCUACGACCCGGAGGAGGAGGAGCAGAGCCUGGACAGCUUUGCCAAGAGCCUCCUGCACGGGCGCUGCUAUGACAGGUGGUUUGACAAAUCCUUCACAUUGGUGGUGUAUCGGAACGGCAAGCUGGGUGCCAAUGCCGAGCACUCGUGGGCUGAUGCCCCCAUCAUAGGGCACCUCUGGGAGUUCAUGCUGGCCACAGACCAGUUCCAGCUGGGCUAUUGCGGCAGCGGGCAUUGCCAGGGGGAGCCCAACACAGCACUGCCCCCGCCCCAGCGCUUGCAGUGGGACAUUCCUGUGGAGUGUAGGCUGGUCAUAGAUGCCUCCUACAGUGUGGCCAAAGCGCUCGCUGACGACGUGGACUUCCAUUGCUUCCGCUUCGUAGACUUUGGCAAAGGGCGCAUCAAGAAAUGCCGGACCAGCCCCGACGCCUUCAUCCAGAUCGCCCUGCAGCUGGCACAUUUCCGGGACAAAGCCUGCUUCUGCCUGACCUACGAGGCCUCCAUGACACGAAUGUUCCGGGAGGGCCGCACAGAGACGGUGCGCUCUUGCACCCGCGAGUCGACAGCCUUUGUGCGCAGCAUGGCGGACCCGUACACCAGCCCCUCGGAGUGCCUGCAGCUGUUCCGGGAGGCAGCCAAGAAGCACCAGCUCCUGUACCGCCUGGCCAUGACUGGGGCCGGCAUCGACAGGCACCUCUUCUGCCUCUACGUGGUGUCCCGUUACCUGGGAGUGGACUCGCCCUUCUUGGCCCAGGUGCUGUCUGAGCCCUGGCGCCUCUCCACCAGCCAGACGCCCCAGCAGCAGAUCAAGAUGUUCGACUUGGAAACCAAUCCGGAUCACGUUUCCUCUGGUGGUGGCUUCGGGCCGGUGGCCAACGAUGGCUACGGGGUCUCCUACAUCAUUGCAGGCGAACACCUCAUCACCUUCCACGUCUCUAGCAAGCGCUCCAGCCCAGAAACGGAUUCCAAGCGCUUUGGGAGGAACAUCUGCCAGGCGAUGCUGGACAUCGCAGCCCUCUUCGACACCCCGUCCAGAAAAAUGGCCAACUGAGGCCUCCCCCCCCCCUGUGCCACUGAAGAAAACCCCAGCCACGAGAAAGCUGCCACUGGCUGUAGAGCUCAGCAGCCGCUGAAGGAGAAGUUGGUCCUUGGACCCCGUGUCAGAAUUCAGCCUCCGCACGUCUUUCCCCUUCCCGCAGGGCGCCCCGCAACGGACCCGAGAGGCUGGGCAGGAGGAGGGCCUGGCGGGGGGCGGGGGGGAGUUGCUCUGAUGUCAAAGCAUAAAGGAGGGUUCUUUCUGGCU